UAUAUAUACAUAGAGUUAUGAUACUGAAUUUCCUUUUAAAAAUCUAGUAGUUACUAUGUUUUGCAAUAUCUAAUAUAUACAUUAAUGUUGUAAUUAAUAAAAAAUUAAAAAGAAAGACAAAAAACGUGAUUCUAACAUAACUUAAAACGCAUUUCUUUAAGCAAUUCUCACUAAUUUGUAAUUACUGUUUUGUCUCUAAUAAAUCUCACAAACGUCUUCUUCUUCUUCUUCUUUCUUCUUCUUUCUUCUUCGUCUUCUUCUCUCUCGUUCUAACAGAGUCUUGUUGAGUUCUGAAAAUGAACCAAUCCGACUUAGAAUCGACGACGAAGACGCCAGUCAAAUUCAACCUCUGUAGAUGAAGAGGUCUACCAACUCAACCGUGACGUUUUCCGUCACCGUCACCGUCGCCGUUAUAUUCUUCUUCCUUUUGUCUCCCGUCACCUCCUUAGGUUCAGGCUCAACUCACGCCGUCGUCUACGGCUCCGACACCGUCUGCGCAUUAAUCUCCGGCCAAUCCACACAGCGUAUCCUCUGUUACGACACCCGCCGUAGUACCAACGUUACUCUAAACCCCGGCGUCUCAUUCUCCUCAAUCGCCGCCGGAAAUAAUUUCCUCUGCGGUAUACGCUCCGGUGGUUACAGCCUUCUCUGCUGGGAUAACAUCGGAAGCUACUCUCCUAACCGUAAACGAAUCUACCAAAGCGACACCGUUUUACUCGAGAAUCUCUCCGUCGGCGAUAAACAAAUCUGCGCCACCGUUAACGGCACGAAUUCUUUAAAAUGCUGGAGAGGUUCCGAUCAAUCAAACCCUCCGAACGAGAGAUUCCAGUCAAUUUCAUCCGGCGUUGGUUUCUCCUGCGGCGUUUCGAUUCGAAAUAACCAAAUCCUUUGCUGGGGAACCGAUCCGGUUAAAUCGAAUCAGAUCCAAACCGGAUUCGGAAACACGACGAUGGUUACCAUAUCUGCAGGUGAAUCACAUGCUUGUGGAUUAAACACUACUGGGAAUUUGGUUUGCAUCGGAAACAACGAUUCUGGGCAGCUCAAUGUUCCUUCAGAUCAACCUAACCAUUACUCAUCUCUAUCUCUCGGAUCAAAUUUCACUUGCGCGAUGCGAAUCUCGAACAGUUCGGUGGUUUGUUGGGGCGGAGGAGCAGAGAGAUUCAACAAUGUCACGGAUUCGAUCUCAUUCGAAUCGAUUUCUUCGGGUCCGGGUCUAAUUUGCGGGUUAAUUUCAAGUAAUCUCUCUAUCAUGUGUUGGAAUCCUUCAAAUUUCUCCAGAAUCUUCCUCCCUUUUCCAGAAGUUUUACCAGGUCCUUGCGUUGAAUCAUCAUCUGUUUGCUCUUGUGGUAUUUAUCCACAAUCUGAUAAGCUCUGUUCUGGUUCUGGUUCGAUCUGUAAAUCAUGCCUGAUUCAAUUUCCGGCGAGUCCUCCGAGUCAAUUACCACUUCCACCACCGCCAUCACCGUCAGCUUCAUCUCCUCCGUCGAAAGCUUUAACCAGAGGAUUAUUAGCGUUUGCGAUCGUUGGAUCAGUUGGAGCGUUUGCAGGGAUUUGUAGUGGGGUUUACUGUUUAUGGACUGGAGUUUGCUUGGGAAAGAAGAAAGUUCAUAACUCUGUUCAACCAACGAUAACUCGCGGCGGCUCUAAUAGCCGGUCUAACAGCUCGAAUAGCCGGUCGUUAACCAUAAGACGUCAAGGAUCGAGAAUGCUAUCAAUGAGGAGACAGAGGAGUGGAACAUCGUCGAUGAAACACGCCGAUAAAGCGGAAGAGUUUUCGUUCUCCGAGCUCGCUUCGGCUACCGGAAACUUUUCUCUAGAGAACAAAAUCGGCUCGGGGAGCUUUGGUGUUGUUUACAGAGGCAAACUCAACGACGGGAGAGAAGUAGCGAUCAAACGUGGGGAAGUAAACGCUAAGAUGAAGAAGUUUCAAGAGAAAGAAACCGCGUUUGAUUCGGAAAUCGCGUUUCUAUCGAGGCUUCAUCAUAAGCAUUUGGUGAGACUAGUUGGUUACUGCGAAGAAAGAGAAGAGAAACUUCUUGUUUACGAUUACAUGAAGAAUGGUGCGCUCUACGAUCAUCUACACGACAAGAACAAUGUCGAAAAACACAGCAGUUUGAUCAAUUCUUGGAAAAUGCGGAUCAAAAUCGCGUUAGAUGCAGCUAGAGGAAUCGAGUAUCUACACAAUUAUGCGGUGCCACCGAUUAUUCAUAGAGAUAUUAAGUCAUCUAACAUCUUACUAGACUCGAAUUGGGUCGCUAGAGUUUCAGAUUUCGGGUUAUCGUUAAUGGGUCCAGAGUUAGGGAAAGAUCAUAAUCCUUAUCAACGUCCAAUGAAAGCUGCGGGAACGGUUGGAUAUAUCGAUCCAGAGUAUUACAGUCUCAAUGUUUUAACUGAUAAGAGCGAUGUCUAUGGGCUCGGAGUGGUGUUGUUAGAAUUGCUGACAGGAAAAAGAGCUAUAUUUAAGAACAAUGGUGAUGUGGAGGAGGAGGAAGGGAGUGUUCCGGUGCAUUUGGUGGAUUACUCGGUGCCGGCGAUAUCCGCUGAUGAGUUGGGUACAAUUUUGGAUCCGAGAGUGGGAUCGCCGGAGCUAGGGGAAGGAGAUGCGGUGGAGCUGGUGGCUUAUACGGCGAUGCAUUGUGUGAAUGCGGAAGGGAGAAAUAGGCCGACGAUGACGGAUAUAGUAGGGAAUUUGGAGAGAGCAUUGGAUUUGUGUGGGGAUAGUCAUGGGAGUAUCUCUAGUGGCAUUUGUUCUAUUGUCUCUGAUUGAGAGAUUAUAUUCAAAAAAAUUGAGUCUCUUCUCUUUUUAUUUUUACAUAGGAAUUUUUUUUUUGAGGAUUUCAUUUUUUCUCUUAAAAAUUUCGGCUUUCUUUUGGAUGGUUUUUUUUGUUUCGUUUGUAAAUAGUAUUAGCGUAGCUGCGUAGGAGAAUUCAAAUAUUCAAUAUGGGUGGUCUAACCUUAAAGGUUAAACCUUUGGUUGGGAAAUGUAUAAUUUGGACAGCGGAGAGCGAAUGAUUAAAGUUGGAAUUUUUGGUUUAUUGUUUUGUAUGAAGGAAGAUGAGAAUUUAUGGUGUC